AUGCUUUUUCAGGCUGAAUUCCGCUUAAUCCGUGGUCAUAUUCCUCCUAUGGCUACACGUUUUGGAUUUGACGCAAAUAUGGAGAAGAAUAGGUUCGAGGAUGUCGUUUGCAUCGAUCAGACCCGUGUUCGACCCCAUAGUGGUAAUUACAUACAUGCAAGCUGGGUGGGCAUCACUGCUACUAGAAAGGAUAUCCUAACCCAACUUCCAAGGCCGGAAAGCAGCAAAGACUUUUGGCAAAUGGUACUCGAUACGGAUGUUCAAGGGAUUCUAGUAAUUUUAUCACAUGGUGAAUUCGCUAUGUUCCACGCCAACAAUGUUUUCCCGGACGAACAGUGA